UCUUUUUCUUGGCAAUAACAGCCAUAUUUCUUUGCUCACUUAGUGAGUCAUAAGCUUGGAGAAAUCAAUGGGUGAAGCUGUGCAAUAUAAUGGCAAGAUUACAAGGUUUGUGUUGCUGUCUUGUGUUAUUGCAGCAACUGGAUCAGGACUAAUGUUCGGUUACGGAACUGGAGUAACAGGUGGAGUGGCGUCAAUGGGAUCAUUUCUGGAGAAAUUCUUUCCAGGAAUAUACAGAAAGAUGAAUGGAAAAAAAGAAGUAAACAUCUACUGCAAAUUUGAUAGCCAACUGCUGACAUUUUUCACCUCCUCCCUCUUUAUAUCUGGACUUGUUGCUACUUUUCUGGCAUCGCCGGUGACUAGAGCCUGGGGACGCAAGGCAUCGAUCCUUAUAGGCGGAGCUGCAUUUAUCGCGGGUUCUGCCCUCGGAGGCGCGGCAGAGAACAUCUACAUGCUAAUAUUUAGUCGUCUUCUGCUCGGAAUAGGGUUUGGUUUUACAAAUCAGUCAGUCCCCUUAUAUCUUUCAGAAAUGGCGCCUCCCAGACAUAGAGGAGCUUUCAACUCUGGUUUCCAACUAUGUUUGAGCUGUGGAAUUCUAAUAUCCUAUCUGGUUAACUACAACAUAGAAAAGAUCAAAGGAGGGUGGGGAUGGCGAGUUUCCCUAGCACUGGCGGCGCUUCCUGCCUCAAUUCUGACCAUAUCAACACCAUUCCUUCCAGAGACACCUAACAGUCUUGUUCAGCAAGGUAAUCAAGAAAAAGCCAAGAGAAUGCUGCAGAAAAUUCGAGGCACUGCUGAUGUUGAAGCAGAAUUCGAUGAUCUAAUAGCGGCAAAUAAUGCUUCUAAAACCAUCAAACACCCUUUCAAGAAUAUUUUUCAAAGAAAAUAUAGGCCGCAACUGGUGAUGUCUAUAGCAAUUCCAUUCUUCCAACAAGUAACCGGCAUCAAUGUUAUAGCGUUCUACGCUCCAAUACUAUUUCGAACAAUUGGUUCUGGGGUAAGUGCAUCUCUUUUGUCUUCCGUGGUCACCGGUAUAGCCGGGUUAAGCAUGGUAAUCUUGUCGUUGUUGAUAGUCGAUAAAGUAGGCAGAAGGGCUUUAUUCCAUAUAGGCGGAGUUCUGAUGUUCGUCCCACAAAUGAUAAUCGGAGGAAUAAUGGCAGCAAAAUUAGGCGAUCAAGGCGGAUUGAGCCAGGGAUACAGUAUUUCAGUUCUAGUGUUGAUUUGCUCAUACCUUGCUGGUUUUGGACUGUCAUGGGGUCCAUUGGGGUGGCUAGUUACAAGUGAAAUUUUUCCUCUAGAAAUAAGGUCAGCUGCCCAAAGUAUAACCGUGGCGACGAGUUUUCUCUUUACUUUCAUUGUUGCUCAGACAUUCCUGGCAAUGCUCUGCCAUUUCAAGGCUAGAAUUUUCUUCUUUUUUGGGGUGUGGGUGGUGCUGAUGACGGGUUACGUCUAUGUUUUGCUGCCGGAGACUAAGGAUGUGCCACUUGAAACCAUGGAUACAAUCUGGAGGGAGCAUUGGUUCUGGAAGAGAUUUGUCGGUGAUGGUGCAGAAUAUGAAGGGAAAUAAGAUCGAGGGGCCUUGUUAGGUUCCAUGAUCUUUCAAUAAAAUUGUGGCAAUUCACAUCUUUUAUUUUUGCAACUCGACAAGAAUUAGUGUGCUUAUAUCAUAGUCUUGCUCUCUGUUUUUGGUUAUAUUGUUCGUUUGCUAUUAUUUCUCUUUUAACUAGAAGAAGGAAUUCUC